AUGGCGGCAGCUGGAGCGGCAGGAGCAGGCGCAAUGGUGCCUGCUGGUGUGGCGCCCAAUGUCGUUGGACAGUUCGUGCUCUUGGCUCGAGGUGCGGAGUACGACGAGAUCCUGAUUUGUGCCAGCGUGCCACAGCACGCCGAGCAUGUUGGGCUGACCACUACGGCCGAUGGAAGCAGCUGGGCGUGGGUCGUGGUCAGGUUGGCGGCUGGCAACCAUGUCAUCCCUGUAGCCAGCCCGGCCCAUGUCCGCGUACCGCCAGCCGGCGUGCCAGAUCAUAUGGUCAAUUGGAUGUGUGUACCUCCCGCGGCACAUGUCAAGUGGACGUGUGGACUGGCCGAGUUUCCUGGCUUGAUGGAAGAGGCCAGGCAAAUUGCGGCUCGAGUUGUGCAAGAUGGCUUGGCGCCGGGGCACAUCGCUGCAGGUCAGCCAGCGGCAGCUCUCCCCACUUUGAUGUAUCCGGUGACUUCCAUGGGAGCAGGGGCCGGCUUGCUGCCUGUGGGCGGCAACGCUGGAGUGGUCGCAGGGGGGGUGGCAAACCCCGGGGCUGCAGGGGCUCUCGGCUUCAACGCUCAGGAGCCGCAGACCACGCCAGACGAGCUGGCACGGCUGAUGGAGGGCAUCAAGUUGGAGAUCGGCCGAGCAAAAGGGGAGACGGACAAGAAAGCCAAGAAGAAGAAAAAGAAGGACAAGAGCAAGAAGAGCAAGAAGAAGAAACGAGGGAGCUCCAGCAGCAGCUCUGGGCGAAGCCGGUCUGGAAGCAGCAGCUCGUCAGCAAGCGAGGACUUCCUUCGGUGGCGCCAGGAAGGCAAGACCAAGCGCGUGAAGCCGGAGGAGCUUCGCCGAUUGGAAGCACAAAGGUUCAAAGCGCGUGGAGAGCUCCUAACCUUCGCUGCCAAGCAUCCGGGCGCUCUGAGCGCGUACUUUUUGUCCAUGGUGCAUCAGAAGUUGCUACACGGAAGUGUCACCAAGACCUCUCAGCUCCGCAAAGUCAAUGUGUCCCAAUGGGCCGCCGGCUCAACGGGACUCACAGAGACCCGAGACCUCAGGGAGGUGGCGACUUUGAGCUACAUCAUGGACAUGAUCAACGUGGGGGACUUAGAGACGGCAAUGGACGUGAUUGCGCAGCGCAUCAUGGCGAUUCAGAAGGCCAAGAGUGCAGGCUCCAACUGGAAGAAGGCCGAGGCGUUGGAGCUCGUUGUGGGCAACAGCUUCGGCCUCCCAGGUGGUAUGCUUCGCCUGACUCAGUAA